AUGCCUGCAAGGACUCGGCCGGUUGAGAAGUUUGCCAAGGCCACAGCCCAGUGCUCGGUCGAGGCCGCAGCAUAUGGCAAGUGCGUCGUUUCCGACUACAAUUCGGUUCACAAAGACAUGUGUGCCAAGGAGUUUAUGCGGUUGAAAGAUUGUUUCUUGGUGAGUAGGCCUGGCUUCGCUGAGGAGAUUGGGCAUCCCAGGCGUCUUAUUAUGGGUGUAAUUACUGUGAACUAUGGUCGUUAA